GAAGUUGUCCAUGACGUCAGCUGUCAUACCUAAAAGAAAAGAGAAGAAAAACUUCCUGAAGAUGUCGUCCGGCGCUCUGUUUCCCAGUUUGGUGAGCGGCUCCAGAGGAAGCUCCAGUAAAUACCUCGUGGAGUUUCGAGCUGGAAAAAUGAGCCUAAAGGGGAAUGUGGUGACGCCAGACAAACGUAAGGGUACGGUUUACAUCCAGCAGUCGGAUGACUCACUGAUCCACUUCUGCUGGAAGGACAGGACCACCGGGAACGUAGAUGAUGACCUGAUCAUCUUCCCUGAUGACUGUGAGUUCAAGAGGGUGAACCAGUGCACGACGGGACGGGUCUACGUGCUGAAGUUCAAGGCCGGAUCCAAGCGGCUGUUCUUCUGGAUGCAGGAGCCGAAGACGGACAAAGACGACGAAUACUGUCGGAAAGUUAACGAGUACCUGAACAACCCUCCCAUUCCUGGAGCCCCGGGCAGCGGAGGAGGAAGUGGACAUGAGCUUUCUGCUCUGGGAGGUGAAGGGGGGCUGCAAAACCUGCUGGGAAACAUGAGCCACAACCAGCUGAUGCAGCUGAUCGGACCCACUGGACUGGGAGGACUGGGAGGUCUGGGAGCUCUAGCAGGACCAGGACUGGCAAACCUUCUGGGCAGCGGUGGACCAGCAACAAGCAGCUCCUCAUCCAGCUCUCGUAGCCAAUCGGCAGCGGCCGCUCCAUCUUCGGGCGGAGCGUCCAGACUGAGCUCCUCCCAGACUCUGAAUCCUCCAGUGGCUCCUGCUGCGUCUGCGGUGUCCCCGACCGGAGGAACCCCGUCCACACCAGUCUCAGCCUCAGCUCAGACCCCUGUGGCGCCCCCCUCUGGUGGAAGUCCAACUCCUCAUCAGCCCAUCCAGCUCAGUGACCUGCAGAGCAUCCUGGCCACCAUGAACGUCCCAGCAGCGGCGGCGGCUCAGGGACCAGCAGUGGACCUGGCCAGUGUUUGCACCCCAGACAUGAUGGCUCCCAUCCUGGCCAACGCUGAGGUCCAGCAGAGGCUGCUGCCUUUCCUGCCCAGUGGAGAGAGUUUACCCCAGAAUGCAGACGAGAUCCAGAACACACUGAGUUCUCCUCAGUUCCAGCAGGCCAUGAGUAUGUUCAGCAGCGCCUUGGCCUCUGGACAGCUUGGACCACUCAUGAGUCAAUUUGGUCUGCCAGCCGACGCUGUGGACGCCGCCAACAGAGGAGAUGUGGAGGCGUUUGCUCGGGCCAUGCAGAGCGGAAAAGAGUCCAAAGACAAGAAGGAUGACGAGGAGGACAUGAGUCUGGACUAGACCGCGUCCAAACUGGACCAGAGGUGAUGGAGUCUGAACCUGGUCCUGAACCUGGGUCUGAACCCGGGUCUGAACUGGAGGAGUGAAUUGUCUUUGAGUAUUACGACAGAACCCAGUAGGAGCUUCUGUCGUUCUUUUCCUAAUAAAAUCAAACCCACAGACAAAUGA